AUGGCCGCUGUCGCCGCAGUCCCAAGCUUCACUUUAGAAGCAGUAGCUCCCGGCCAACCCUUCAAUGGCAUGCCUGUUUCUCUCGAGGGCCCAUUCGCCAAACUCGGAAAACCCGAGUCUGGAAACGCCGUCCGCUUCUACGCCACCGGUAAAGAUGACACCUGGUCCUGGUCUCUCCACGGCUACCCAGUCGGAAUCAUCGAUACCCCAGCCGUUUUAGUCGGUGGCUCCGCUCUUCGUCUCGCAUUCCUCUCUGACCCCGAGCGAUCUGGAAAGCAGUACGGUGAUAAUGUUAUGGAAGGUGGAUGGACCUUCAAUAUGGGUCGUCCAUCGGUCAAAAUCGCCCCAGCUGCUGGAAAGUUCCUUGGUUACAACUUUGAGCAGAGAUGGUAUGCCUUCCCCGGUCAGCAAGACGGACAAUGGAAUGUUAUGUGGUGGGAUGGCAGCUGCUGCGUUACUGCUGCUGGUAUCCCAAUCAAGCUCAAGCUUGUUGAGUCCGAGUCUCGCGCUGCAAGCUAUGCCGCUUAA